UUCCCCCUGCACCCUGUCUUGACCCAAAGAUUCCCAUCAGACUCCCGAUUUCUUCUGACAUGUUUCCUCCCCUUAGUUGUGCUGGGGUUAAGGGAGGAGGGGGUUGCCUCAAUGAGGAAUGAUGCCAGACUGUUGAAUCUGAUCGCCUCGCCUACAAAUCCUUUCUGCGCCCCUUGCCCUUCCCCAGAUGAUCGGAGCUCCCACAACCAGAGAGCCCCCAUUCUUCACCGCUCCCAAAGGCCCCACCACGACUUUCUCCGUUGUAGCCACAAGGGGCGAGAAGGCGUUAAGACAGCCCUUCCCCUCCUCUCCAGCAGAGACCACGCGGGUCUGGCAUCUCCCAUAACCCCAGCUGCUGCACUCUGCCUGCUAUUCAUCCCUGGAAGCGUCCAGCCCCCUCCCCUCUCCCAACCGCCCACCCCUACCUCACAGGCUGCCCUGAGUUCCCCGACCGCAGUCUCUGCCAGACAGAGCCCCGUUGCUCACAAACUGGCAGGAGGCCCAGCCCUGAGCACCUGCCACCCGGGCCCGGUGGACGCGUGUGUUUGUCUGUCCUUUCCCGGGCGCAGCACAGGUGGCAGGGACGGAGAAGCGGUGUCAGCCAGCCUUGCUCAGGUGUGUCGCCUAGUCCAGCCUCCUUCCUGCAGCCGCCGCCGCCACCGCUGCCGCUAACCUGCCGGGGGAGGAGGGCUGCCACCACUCCUGGGAUGUGUCCUGGUAACUGGCUCUGGGCUUCCAUGACGUUCAUGGCCCGAUUUUCCCGGGGUGGCUCCCGGUCACCUGCUCGGGCCGCGGGGCACCUGGAGGACACUGCCCCUGCCCAGCACCCCCUCCUCAGUGUCUUUGAAUUGGAGAGGCUCCUCUUCACAGGCAAGACUGCCUGUAACCAUGCCGAUGAGGUCUGGCCAGGCCUCUACCUUGGAGACCAGGACAUAGCAGCCAAUAGACGGGAGCUGAGCCGGCUGGGCAUCACCCAUGUGCUCAAUGCCUCCCACAGUAAAUGGCGGGGAACGCCCGAAGCCUACGAAGGACUGGGUAUCCGAUACCUGGGCGUGGAGGCCCAUGAUUCACCCGCCUUUGACAUGAGCAUCCACUUCCAGCCAGCUGCUGAUUUCAUCCACCGAGCACUGAGCCGACCAGGAGGGAAGAUCCUGGUGCACUGUGCGGUCGGUGUGAGCCGCUCCGCCACCCUGGUCCUGGCCUAUCUCAUGCUCUAUCACCAGCUCACCCUUGUGGAAGCCAUUAAGACCGUCAAGGACCAUCGAGGCAUCAUCCCCAACAGGGGCUUUUUAAGACAGCUCCUGGCCCUGGACCGCAGGCUGCGGCAGAGCCGGGAAGCAUGAGGUGGUUUGGAAAGGGCCUGGUGAGUGGGUCCCCAGUUCCCAACUAGAGAGCUGGGGACCAGGAGGAAGAAAUUGGGAGGCCCAGAGGAAGCAUCCUCCCCUCCGAGAGGGAGAGUGCUGGAGCCCAGCCCAACAGGUUGUCCCCAUUAGUUUAGAUGGGGGCAACAAUAGUGAUGGAGAUUUGCUAUGCCUGGGCUUAUGAAAGGGCUGGCUCCAUCAGAGGCAAGUCAGGCAAAGAAGAGAGAGAAUAAAGGCAGAGAGACUCAGAGGAGCCUGAAUUCUCUGGAUUCAAUUCAGAAUUCACCUGUGGCUCAAAAGGGAAAUGGACCAGUCCCUUCUCCUCUCUGACCGAGGUCCCCUCUCUUCUGUCUUAUUUUAAAUAGAAGGAUUGUCCUUGGACUGCUUCCACACAGAAAUGUAGGGAGAAUGAGUAAGAUGGAAUAAUAGAAAGGGCAGGGAGCUCAGGGGAGAUGUGAAGAAGACACACCCAGGCUUGUGUGUAAAUAAGUGGAUGGGUUGAGAUCUGACACUGCUCAUGGGUGCCACUCACAGCUGUAAAAUGACAGUUAGGGAUGACUGGGGGUCCUGAGAAAGACACUCCCACUAGACAAAUGGACAUAACAAAGAAAAUAAAGACAGUGAACAAAAAAUAGUCUCAUCAAAUUAUUAACCUGGGGUCCUGAUCCUAAAUGGACCAUACCCAUGACAAAACCAUCUCCUGCUUUAGACUGAGACAUGGAACCAACUAUAUCCACUCUGGGGCGGGGGGUUAAAUGGCACUUUAUUUUAGAGAGGAAAGGAAGUCAGAGAAAAUCUGAUUUGGGACCUUUUGGUGGCUAAACAGGGAACAAAAGGUACCUAGGUUCAGGAGUGGAGAUCAGAGAUAGCCUGAAGCAAAACUGUAAAGCAGGCAAAGAUAGUUGCUUUUUUCCAUCUCCCCAAAAGUCUAUGCUUUCCUGACCCCUUAUUAUCAAUGAGGAAAAAUUAUAUAGUGAAAAGAGGCUACCUGGAUUGGUGGAUAGAGCAAUGAAAUUUCACUUGAAUCCCCCUACAAACACUUGCUAACUAUGUGACUUUAAGCAAGUCAUCUAACCUCUCUGAAACUUCGUUUCCUCAUCUCUAAAACAGGGAUAAUAAAGAUUGUGAGGAUCCAUUGAGAUAAUGUCAACUCAAGUUACCAACCUUAAGACAUUAUUAUUAAGGCAAUUUGGAUACUCGUUCCAACUAUGCCAUUAUUCAUAUGAGCAGUUUAAUCAUUGGCCCCUCCAGACCUCAGUUCUCCCAUCUGUAAAAUGAGGGGCAGGUGGACUAAAUGAUAAGUGAAAUUUACCUGGUAUUUAGAAGUUUGCAGGAUGCUUUAUGGUAUGAUAAGGCAGCCCUCAAAGAGUGUUAAUAGCCUGCUAGCCUCUGUUGAGAGGUGCAAUGUCCAGGGUCAGACAGGUGCUAUAGCCACCAUACUCCACACAGCUUAGAGCAUCCUGGGAGUAUUUUGUUCAGUCCUCUAUGCCACAUUUUAGGAAGGAUACCGACAAGCAAGAGAGCAUUCAGGGGAAAGCAGCAAGGAUUAUUCAACAUCACAAUAUAAAAAGAUCAGUUGAAAGUAAUGGGGAUGUUUAGCCUGAAGAAUAGAAGGGAAUUUGAUAGACGUCUUCAUAUCUUUGAAGGACUGUCAUGUGAAAGAAGAAUUGGAUUUGCUCUGCUUGGUUCCAUAGACUCAAUGGUUGUAAAUUAUAAAGAAGUAGAUUUCAGCUCAACAUAAAGGAAAACUUCCUCAAAAUUAAAACCAUCCUAAAAUGGGAUGAUGUGCCUCAGGAACUAGUAUGUUCAUUAUAUUGUAAUGGAAAGGACACUGAAUUUGGAGAUGAAGAGCCUUGGUUCAAAUCCUGCUUCUCCCAGUAGUCUCUGGAAAAUGAAGGGAUUAAACUGAAUAUUCUUCAAGGGUCCUUUUCAUUUCAAAUUUUUGGCUUCCAUAGGAGGUCAUCCAAGACAGGCUGGAUGAUCACUUGAUAGGUUUGUUAGAGAGAUAGAGCCAGACAGACAGUAGGGCCAUCUGAGUUUGAGGACCGCACACUUCCUUCUUUUAACAAUACCUGGGCUUCACAGUCCUUCACUGGUCCAAACCAAAGGGUUAUGGGAAGGAGGAAGAGGAGGAGGAGUGGAAGAUGGGCCUGUGAUACGUUGAGGAAGAUUUGUUGGAUACUGGAAAACAGAGGUGAAAUGACAAGUUUUCUCUUUCCCAGUGAGAUGUUUCUCUGAGUGUCAGAAAGCCACUUAGGUACCCCAAGAUCCUUAUUCUGUCCAAACAGUGUAUGGUCAUUGAAGGAUUCCUUCCUCUUCAAAGGAUCAAGUGCCUCACUCCCAGAAUUCCCUAGGACCUGAGGUACCCCCAUUUCCCCAAACAAAAUACCUUGUUUAAAGAAGCAUUUUACCUUCCUGUCCCCAGAGAACCUUGCCUUCCAGUGGGCAAAGACUUAUUCACUUUUGUCAUCAUAUCCCUAGUCAUUAGCAGGCACUUAAUAAAUGCUUGUUAGUUGAUUGA